GCGGUAUUUCAAGUGGUGUUUUUGCUUUUUAGAUGUCAAUUAGUGAUGAAGAUGCUGAUAAUCCUCUACUGGAAAGAAAAUAUUCCAUAACUCGUGAAAUUUAUACUAUGGACAAAUUUCUACAACACUAUCCUAAAUCGCCAGAAGUACAAAAAUCAUUUUCGCCAUAUAAGAUUUUGAAAAAAUGCACUUGUUCGAAAUUCGCCAGCCUCCUAUCCUUUGUUUUCCCAUUUUAUUCUGUUUUGGCUCCUUUUUACAACCUACAAUCAUUUUUAUCAGAUCUGGUUGCUGGCUUAACACUUUCAAUAGUCCAUAUACCCCAAGGAAUGGCAUAUGGUGUUUUGGCCGGAGUAAAACCAAUCAAUGGAUUGUACACCUCAUUUUUUCCUGCUCUGAUUUACUUCUUUUUUGGGACUUCACGCCAUGUCUCUAUAGGUACAUUUUCUGUUGUUUCACUUUUAACGGCUGAUCCUGUUGAUAGAUUAACAUCAUUAUUCGAUGUAAACAAUCAUUCUUUAGAAAAAUAUGAUAUUUUUAAUGAAAAACAAAUAGAUGAUUUUCGUUUAACUGUUGUUAUAACAGUUUGUAUUUUGACUGGAUUAUUUCAAGUCGCUUUGGGUAUUCUUCGUCUAGGUGUACUAGUAGUUUAUAUAUCGGAACCAUUAUUAAGUGGCUUUACUUGUGCAUCUGCUGUUCAUGUGUUCACUAGUCAAUUAAAUGGAUUAUUUGGUAUACGAUUAAAUCGUGCUACAGGACCUUUCCGUGUUUUUUAUAUAAUUAAUAAUUUUAUUCAUAUCGUCAAGGAAACUAAUCUUGUUACAUUAUUAAUAUCAAUGAUAUGUAUUACAAUUAUAUGGUGUUUUAAACAUUUUAUCAAUCCAAAAGUUUCAGCUAUACUACGCUUUACAAUUCCAAUUGAAUUAAUUGUGCUUACUGCUGGUACUGUUAUAUCAAAAUUUGGUCUAUUAAAUCAACGUUAUGGGGUGUCGAUUGUCGGUGAAAUUCCUGUAGGUUUACCAUCACCUGUAUUACCGGAUAUUCGACUAGUACCAGAAGUUUUAAUGGAAUCAAUCAUUGUAUCGUUUGUUUCAUUAGCUACAACAAUUUCUUUAGUUAAAUUAUAUGCAAAGAAAGGUGGUUAUAAUGUUGGUUAUACUCAAGAACUGAAUGCACUAGGCUUGUCCAAUGUAAUAUCUGGAUUUUUUCGUUGUCAACCCUCAUCUGGUGCUUUGGCUCGGACUUCAGUUGCUAGUAACGUUGGAAUGUGUUCUCAAGUUGCUUCUUUGAUUUCUUGUUGUAUUCUUUUACUUGUUAUUACUGUGAUUGGACAAUUUUUACAAACUGUUCCAAAGUGUAUCUUAUCAUCAAUUAUUGUCGUAUCGCUUGAAAGUAUCUUCUUACAAAUUAUGGAUUUACGUGCAUUAUAUCGUGUUUCCAUAUAUGAUAUGCUUAUAUGGCUUGUAACAUUCAUGGCCACCGUGUUUAUUGAUGUCCCGAUAGGUUUAUUAACUGGUUUGUGUUUCUCCCUACUAACGGUAUUAUAUCGUACACAAUCGACAUAUUAUUAUGAACUUGGCCAAAUUCCCAACACAAAUAUUUAUGUUGAUUUAAAGAGAUAUGAUGAAGCUAUAAAACUUCCCAAUAUUCUUAUAUUAAAAUAUGGUGGUCCAUUGUAUUAUGCCAAUUCAGAAUCUUUUCAAAAUUGGAUAUAUCAAAUGACCAAUAUUAAUCCACAUAAAUUGAUUAAACAACGUCAACGUAUCAAACAACAAUUGGACCGUAAGCAACAACAACAACAACAACAACUUAAUGAAGAAAAUCUAAAUCAGUAUCAACAUAAUAGACAUAAUCGAUUGUCUUUUGUUAAAAAUGUAAUAAAACGAGUCAAAUUGAAUAAAAAGAAAGAUUGUGGUAAAUUUCCACAUAUUUCACAACUUACGACGGAUACUAAUGAUAGUAAAAAUGACGAUGAUCUUACUGGUCAAUUGAAAUUUAUUAUCUUAGAUAUAUCAUCAUGGAUUUAUUUGGAUUUUGUUGGUAUGAGAACUAUUACUGAUAUAAUUAAAAGUUAUGCUGAAUUAGAUAUUCGUAUAUUAUUCACUAUAUGUGAUCCACAAAUUUAUACAGUAUUAAUAAGUGAUAAUUUAACAUCAUCACAAAUUCAACAUAAUUCAUUUAUUAGUAUACAUGAUGCUGUAAUCUAUUGUCAAAAUAUACUUUCUACUACUACUGUUACUAGUAAUAAUGAUAAUAAUAAUGAUAAUUCGAAGAAUCCAAUUGGAGAUAAAACUAUAAAUUUACCCAUUCAAAAUAUCCCAGUGACUUAUUGUAAUUCAACAGUUACAGUAGAUAUUAUUACAGAUAAAUUAUGAUUACCAAGUGAAUUGUCAAAAAGAAGGAUUAUUCUCUAUCGUUGUUUAAUUUUCAUUAGAAAUCAAUCGGUUCUCAUGGUGUAGCUGCCUUAAUCUUAGAGUUUCUUCUUCUUGUCAUUAUUAUCAUCAUUAACCUACAGAUCAAUAAGGUAAAUCAACAAGAUAGAUUCUUUUUCAUUCUAUCCUUUUCUAGUUUUUUUUCUCUUUUUUCUUAGUUCAUGUAUUUGUUGAGUUUUUUUUCUUUUUUUUUGUUUUGUUUAGUUUUUCUUUUAAAAGAAUAAAUUUAUUCGAAUUGUAUAUUUACGAAACAAUGUGAAAGUGACUUUCUUACAUUCUCCUCAAUUGUGCAUUUUAUUACUUCCAAUCAAUGAUGUUAAUGUGUAUAUUUGUAGUGUUUAUGAAUUUCUUUUCUUUUUGUUUGUUUGUUUGUUUAUUUAUUAUGUUGUUAGUAGUAUGUUUUUACAUUUUUCUUCAGUUUUAUAUGAAUAUCUAUUUGUUUAUUACCUAUGAUUUGGUUAAUAUAUUUGUACAUUAUUCUAAUGUAUAUGAUCAGCUUAACUGAAUAGAUUGAUUUGUCUAGAAAAUACAUCGAUAGCUGGGGUUU